AAUGGUUUUCUUCGUUCUGGUCUUGUCGGUUAAAGUUUAUUUUAUUGGUAUCGUUUGGUCUUGUUACAAGUACCUUCAUGCUAGAAAUAGAUCAAGAAUAUAUGAUAUUCGAGAGUUGGAUAGCGCAGAUAGUACACAUUCCGCAGAAGCACAGGCAAACAUUGUUAUGCCACCCAAAUAUGAAGACGCUGUUCGAAUGACUACGGAUGAUCAACCAACCCCACCCCCGUAUGUUCCUUAA